AUGCUUCGUUUUUUAAUUGUAUGCCUGAUGUGUCCAAUUGCUUUGAGCCAAGACUUGGUCGCGUUGUUUGAGCCUGAACAAAUAUCAGUACUAAUGAAUGAGUUCGACUACGUGGAUUUUAAUAUUACAGGUCAAACUUUUCAAGAGGACGAUGAUAUUGUGGGUGUAUCCAGUCACACACAGCUGAUGACAGUGGAGUGGAAUUCCACUUACCGGCUGACGCAAGAAAAUCUUGAUAGCGGCUUUUUUCAAGGACGGUUUCGAAUAAAUGCUCAUUUUCUUGGAAGGGCAGACCUUUCAUUGGAAGUAAGACGUGGUAUCACCCGAGUUCCUGUGAACGGAACUUUGCCGGUGACACUCCUUCGUCCACAAAGACCUAUCGAUCAAGCUUUUACCAUCAGCGUUGCGCUUUUUGUAUCGCUAAUAUUUAUAAACUUUGGGUGUGCCAUGCACUGGCCAACUGUAAAGGAGGUCAUAAAAAGACCGCUCGGCCCUGCCAUUGGCAUGUGUGGACAAUUUUUAUUUAUGCCUCUCAUAUCAUUCGGUCUCGGUUUUGUUCUAUUUCCGGAUAUGCCCGCAAUGCGUUUAGGUAUGUUUUUCACCGGAGUAUCGCCAGGGGGCGGUGCGUCAAACAUUUGGACGUUCAUUUUAGGCGGAAACCUUAAUCUUUCUCUGGCUAUGACUUCUAUAUCAACGCUAGCAUCUUUUGGUCUAAUGCCUGCUUGGAUAUUUUCACUUGGCCAAGUGGUAUUCAGUGAUGCCAACAUCGUCAUACCUUAUGCACGUAUAGCAUAUUUCGUUGUGGGUCUCCUGGUACCCCUGGCUAUUGGGCUUGCUAUGCAGAAACUUACCCCAAGAAUUGCUGGCUUCAUGGUCAAGAUAUUAAAGGGAUUCUCAACAACAUUACUGCUAUUUAUCAUCAUUUUUGCGAUCGUAACCAAUUUGUACAUUUUUGAAUUGUUUACGUGGAACAUAAUAGUAGCUGGUAUGGGCAUACCAUGGCUAGGAUAUCUGAGCGGAUAUGUUGUUGCUCGCUUACUCCGACAGCCUCAUACAGAUGCUAUAGCAAUAUCAAUGGAAACAGGUGUCCAAAAUAUGGGAAUCGCUGUUUUCCUGCUUCGAUACGCUUUGCCUCAACCCGAGGCCGAUCUUACUACUGUUGUACCAGUGUCGGUGGCCAUCAUGACACCAGUUCCAAUGACCGCCAUCUUUAUUUAUCAAAGAAUAAGGGGAUGUUUCCGAAAUCGAGGCAAAAAUAAAGAUAUUGAACCCUUAGAAGAACCUGCAAUUCAAGAAAUUGAAUUCCAAAAGAAUACAGAGACUAAACAAGACGCUUAA